AUGCUGCGCCUGCUCCUGCUCUUCAAAUUUCUUGUGCGCCUUCCGCGAUUUUCAGACGACCGCGACGCGGUGUCUGACUUGCAGGCUUCAGGCCGUGCUUGCACUCCUCUUUUCUCCGCGACCCGGUCGCUACCUGCUGCGCAGGUGGAGAUUGGCCGCCGCUUUGACGGUCUUGUGAGAGACGAGCUUGACGACCGCGUGGCUGGGAUGAUGCUGAAGUGGGUCAUCGGUGUAAGCAUGACACUGGUGGAGCUGCUGGCCGGCCUCCGAUUCGGGGCGGAGUUGCGCUCGCGCCUUCAUGCGAGAGCAAUGCCGGCCAAGGUGUGUAGGCGCGACGGUGUGAAUGUCGUGCACAUGUACGAGGUGCACUUCCAGUCUCUGCGCCGCAAAGUGUGUGUGUGCGCGUGGCGUGCUGUUGAAGUUAUGGAUAUUUUUUUAUGA